CAAUACACAUCCUUUUAUUGUUACGUGUACUCCAUUGUAGGAGUACAGUGUAAAACGUUUCCAAUGUGUGCCUUCUUAUGGUGAUAUCUUUAAAUACAAGUACCCAGGUACAAUUCUUGGAUACAGCAGAGGAAUAAAAGUAGUUGCAUUACUUAAAUUUGAAAAAAUAAUGUUAAAAAUAGGACAUUACAUUAAGGUGAGGAAUUUAAAUAGACAUUACAAUGUAGCAGCUUAGUACAGGGCCUCUGCACACACUAUGACUGCCCAUGCCGGACCCCAGACCAACAGCUGACUCUGUUCCACUUCAAGCCCCAGUCUGAUCCGCACUAGCACAAAUCUACUCCAGGAUUUGACUGUGUACUGAAGAUGGAGAGCACAUUUGAAGUUAUCCUAAAUACUCAGUUGAAACAGAAAGACCCAAAAGAGGCCAUAUCAAUUGCCAUCUCAGCCCGGGCUCUCUUUGAUAUGGAAGAAGAGCAUGAGUUGUUCUUGACAGAAGGAGAAGAAGAGUUUGUAAGCCAUCAAAUCACCAAUGAAAAUAUACCACUAAAGGAGGGCAUUGUUGCUCCAUUUGUCAAGGCGAUUCAAAUGGUAAAUAACAAGUUAUUGGCGAGAGAUCCAGAAGAAAAGCAACUCUUUGAAAUUAUACUUCUAUCAACUCACAGUGCUGAAGGUGGAGUGCGGAUCAUUAAUAGUGUAAAUCAUUAUGGUUUGGAGAUUAGCAAAUUUUGCUUUCUAGGUGGAAAAGAUCCUGCAAAGUACCUACAUUCAGAAGAUGUGAAGCUAUUCCUUUCAGCAUGUGAAACAUCAGUGUGCAAUGCACUAAAGAAAGAUAUUCCUGCAGCUCUAGUAAUACAGCAAAAGAGUCAGAUAAAAGAAAGUCACCUUAAAGUGGCAUUCGAUGGGGAUUCAGUGUUGUUCUCAGAUGAGACUGAUACUGUAUUCCAUGAAAAAGGUCUGGAUGAGGUAAUCAAGUACGAGAAGGACAUGGAGCAUGUUCCUAUUGGAGAGGGGCCCAUGAAGAAAUUUGCUAUGAUUCUUGGAGAGAUGAAGAAGAAGUUUAGUCCAGAGAAUGAUCCGAUCUGCACGUAUCUGGUGACGGCAAGAAGUGGCAACAAACUGGGUAUCCGAGCCAUUAAAACUCUGCGUAGCUGGGGACUCAAGAUAGAUGAAGCUUUCUUUAUGGCAGGGAGUCCAAAAGGUCCACUUUUAGCCCACAUCCAACCUCACAUUUUCUUUGAUGAUAAUGCACGUAAUAUCAAAGGAGCACGUGAAUAUGGAAUUCCAGCAGCCUUUGUACCAUGUGGCUGUGAAUAGUUUGAUAUGAGACUUUCCUUUUCAUAGGCAGUGGCAGUGGUAUGGGCUAGCAUUAUAGGAUAGCUUUUUUGAUUUCUCACUGUAAAGGUAGAGCCUUGCUAGCCAGCCUUGUCACAGCCUGUGAUGCAGGAUAAGAAGUAUUGGUUGAAUGGGAACCAGAAUGCAGAAAUGUCGAUGAGCUGUAUAUGCACAAAUUGCUAAUAUGCACUUACAACAGUUGAGGAUUAUCAGAAAAGGUGCAAAUUUGAAAACUUUACCUUAGUAUAUUAAAGCCUUCAAUCCUAAUACAAAUUAAUUUCACUUGCUGAAGAGCUCUAGUAAAUUAAAAUAACUCUUUGUUUCAUUCCAGCACUUGCAACUUUCACAUUGUGAUCACACAAUUCUUAAAAAUCUAAUUUUAAAAAAAAUCAAAUGCUGUCACCAGAAAGUUACUGUCCUCAAUGAUAGAAUUAAAUGCAGCGAUUUUAACAUAUUGAAGAUGGUGAUUUUCAACAUGGGUUAUGAACUGUUUUUGUUAACCUUGAGGCUUUUUUAUCCAUUUAGGUUUCCUGGAAUUCAACUAGUUUGUCUCAAGUUUUCCUGAAUUUAGGAGCUGUAUAGAGUUGCACCAAGGUGAAUAGAAAGAGAACCUAACUCCCUAGUCUGAAGCUUGGUGUCAAAUUCUUGAUCGUCUGGCAAAAGUGUUGUUUGUAAUUCUGGAAAUUUUGGGAGAUAUUUUAAAUGACAGCCCAUUAAAAUAUUAAUCAAAUUUCAAGGGCAUUUUAAUUCCAUGCACUAUGGCAGAACAUCAGUUAAAAUUGAGCAGCACAUUUUUGAGCUUUAAUCUCACACUUUAAAGUGUUUUAAUGUUGGGUGUUUGCAUGCUUCAUUAUAAUAUGGUAAUCAGGGUCCUAGGACUGUGAGGUGAUUUUAAAAGUUUCCUGGCCAGACCAAUGAAAUUUGUCCAAGGCUUAGUGAAGGCCCUCAAAAAGGAAGUAAGGUAUUUUUCUUGUGGGGCCAAGAUAAGCAGCAAUCUUCCCAAACUCCUCUGACCAGCUCGCCUGUGUUACAGGAAAGCAACCAACCACUAAGAUCUUAAGUUCUUCCAGGCCUUCCAUGGAGACACAUUACUCCUCCAAUUCUGAUUUUCCACAGUGAGUUAAAGGCCACACACUUCAAUGCAGAUAUUUAUCAAUAAGCCAGCACAAAGGGAAGAGAACCCACUGCUGGAAAUGUGCUCCAGUGCUGAGUUUUCUUUUAAAUAGAGUGACAGUUGCUUAUACAUGGAACAGUUCCUCCUCUGUAGAACCCUGUAUAUUCUCCAAUUUGCCAAUAAACGUUAAAGCUGGAGAGUCUGGUGAGCAGUACUACAUGUGAAAUUCUAUGAAGUUUGCAGUUAUGCUAACACAAAGAUUGGGCAGUGGUUUGGUUACAGGAAGGAACCCAGGCUUUGGUUUACAUCAUCCUACUGUAUGUGAUUAACUGUUGCACUGCUCGAUUACAGGUUGCACAGGCCUCUAUAAUGGAGAAUAUUUUAAAAGCUUAACUGCAUUAGUCUAAGAUGAUACAUGGAACAGUCAUUAUUGCUCCUUUACAUGCUCUGGUUGUUUCUGUGUCAAUCAUGUGAUAGUAUAGUUUUAUAUAUUAUAAUUCUGAAGCUGUACAGAGUUCUUUUGGGUUUCAGUUGUAUUCACUUUGUGUUUAUGAUGCUGACAGCCUGUGUCUAAUUUAAGGAUAGGUGUUACUGAUACUUGAUAGCAAUAUAAUGCCUUUGUGAUCUCUAAGAUGUACAGAAUACAAAUUGGGCUGGCAAUAGAAACGGGAGCUAAGUUGUUACAUUUAGGAAAUGAGCUAAAUGAGCUCAACCCACAGGCUACUUGCAUAUCGACUGCAUUUGUCUGUGGAGAGGCUAAAUUAGACAUACAGCUUACCCUUCUAUUAAUAGGUUCCAUGUAGGCUUUGUGAAAAUAAGUAUCUGAAUAUGAAAUGAGCCUUAUCCUGUAUCUUCAUGUAUUGUAGAUCUGCUUAGUGUUUAUAUCCUACUUUUAUAUAUUUACAGAUUCUUCCCCUCUCAUGAUAGUUCAUGAGUUUGUGCUCUAUAGGCAAAACUGAAUGGAUCGAGCAAGUGAUAUGGUUGAUCUCUGUUCUGUGUUGAAUUAGGUAAUCUAGACUGGCGAGAAAUGAAGAUGCUACAGUUUGCCAUAAUACACCUGGAUAAGGGAGGAAAAUGUUGGCUUGGGUUUUCCCCAAUCACUAUCUGAUAAUUCUUCCAGAGAGUGCAUUGGCAUUAAAAGUCAAGCGAAGAUGACCUGAGUCCUAGUUAUAUUUCUGUCCCCAUGAUGAACGACUUAGCAUGUAUUGAUAGGUUUGCAUAUGGAGAGUGAUUUGUUUCAUGCUCAAAAGAUGGUUGUUUUCAUGCAAUCAUAUGUCAGAAGGACGCAAAACAUUUUUGACAGAGAAGGGAGCAGUGAAUAUCAAUCAACCAUCAUAAAUAGCAACAUUUCAUUAUUGUAGCAACUGCUGUCAAUGAGGAACUGAACUAUCAGAGUACAUCCAAAAAUGCAAUUAAAUAUUACAAAAUUUCAGGUUCAAGUUUCAGAGUGAAUUCUCAACAAUAUCAUCACAUAUUUUCCCUGCUGAAUGAUUGUAACUAUUUUGUGUUAGAGAAAAGGCUAGUGAAUUGAAAUUGAUAAAUUAUUUUAAGAUAAAACCAAAGAGAUUUUUUGUGUUUUCUUUAGUAAAUGAAGGAUUUUAAGACUCCACAGACUCCUGUCUACAAGUUCAUGUCUUGAGAGACUUUGUAUUAUUAUUUAUGCAGGUUGAUGCAAUUGGUCUUAGAAUUCUCAAUUCAUGUGGCAGAAGGAGGGAUGGUUGCACAUUAAAAAAAAAGGCAUUUUCUGUUUUACAGAAAUUGAUGAAGGUUAUAUUGUCACUAAGAGAUAAAGAAGGAUGAUUGUCUCACUUUUUAAGCAUGUAGCUGUCACAUUUCAAUUAAGCUUUGUUAGGAGGGGCAACUCCAAGGUUUUCUUGAGUGGAAGAGAGUGGAGUUUAUCAUCUAUUAAACCUAAGGAAAAUAGGAAAAUGCAGCAUUAAACACACAAACACAGGUAAUAAACUUAAAAAAGAAAAGGGAGGUGUCUGUGCAGACAGAAAGAUAAAGGUAAUUGCAGUUAUAAGUGUUUAAUGUCCUUGAGCUGAGAGUGAAAUCCGAGUCCUGGCUGCUUAGCUAUUGUCCUGUUCUCUUAGAAAUGGCACAGUUUGCAGAUUUGAUUUCUUAGUGACUUGGGUUUUUUCUAAGUUACCUUUUCAUUGGCUCUAAUUUCUGAGAUGAAAAGGGAGAGCAAAUUUUGAUAUCCUUGCAGUUACCAGUGCAUGUUGUUUUUAUUCUGUUUUGUUGCUCAAAGGCUGUUAUUGAUAUACCUGUUCCUUUGCAGAUUCUGAUUUCUGUGUCAUUGUUAAGCUGGAUAGCUGUAGGCAACUUUUUAUCACUCAGUAUGUGCAGUUAUCCAGCAAGUGUGUGUAAAACAAGAAAUAUGAAUUUUAUGAUGCCUCGCUGAGUUUCAGUGUCUCUCAAUUACAAUUGUAUUUCCAACAUGGCUGGCUUUAUAUAUUUCAUACGGGUUGCCUGGGCUUGUCAGGUGAUCAAAGCAGCCAAUUAAGUCUGUCAAUUUUUUUACAACCAUUUUAAUCCAUAAAUGUCUAUGGUAUUAAAGUCAAAUAGUAAAAGUUGAAUGUUGAUAGUCCAUUUUCAUUAUGUUAGUAACAAUUUCCACAAGCCGCAACAUACUUUUCCAACUUCUAACUUUAAGGUGAUGGAGUAACAAAAUAGAAAUAUGAUUAAUAACUUUUCUAUUUUCCUACUGUUCCAACUUCCUUUCUCCAGAUGUUAAACCUGGGCAUUUUGUUCACUGUCGGACCACAGUGUAAUUUUAAAAUUAUAAAUUGUUUAAGCAUAUUACUAAUGAACAUUUUAAGUUUAAAUGAAAUAGCAUAAAAAUACAGACUGCAAUAUAGCUUGUUGUUUGUGGGCUAAAAGAUGUCAUAUGAAUCUUGCAUUUGAAACACUAUUACAAGACCAUAUCAUACAAUAGAUUAGAUGAUGUAAGCUCAAAGCCAAAGUGCCAACUAAGCUAGAUAAUCUAGAUUUAGUUCAGCAAAAUAAUUGCGCACUUAAACCUACAGUCAUGAGGGCUGAAUAUUUAAUAAGGUUGAGAUUGUACUGUUGCUAUCAAUAUUCGUAAGUUUUCAUCUUGAGGGAAAAUAAGUUGUGUAAAUAUGAGGAAUAGAGUUCUUGUACGAUAGUACACCUUGUAUAUUUGGAGAAUAGAGUUCUGGCAGAAAAUAAC